AUGUCUACAACAGCUAUAUAUUACAAUACCAUAGAUGAUACUUCAAACAAUAAUAUAAAACAUAUUUUACCUAGUUUAAGUGAAAUUGUUGGAAACUCAACUAAUGAAAUUAUUAACUCGUCUCCCAAUCUCAAUUUAACAACAACAAAUGGUGGUAAUUAUUACUCAAAUCAACCAAUACCUCAAACAAUCGAUUAUUCGUCACCUACUACAUCUACUACAACUACUACACCUUUUGAAGAAUUAUCUACAUCUGUCUCAUCUUCAUCUUCAUCUUCAAUUAAAUGUAUCUGUAAAAUCAACCCCAACAAAAUACCUAGACCGCGGAACGCUUUUAUAUUGUUCCGCCAAAAGUACCAUCAAACAGUUUUAGAUGAAGGUACAGUAAUAAGAACAAAUCCUGAAGUUUCAAGAGAAUUAGGUAGAAGAUGGAGAAAUUUAAAUCCUGUUGAAAGAGAACAUUGGACAUCGUUAGCUGAAGAAGAGAAGAAAAAUCAUGCAAAAAAAUAUCCCAAUUAUAAAUAUACUCCAAGAAGAAAUGGUAAGAAUAAAGACUGUAAAGUAUGUAAAGAUAAACAAAUCAAAAAACAAUCUCUACAACAACAAGUUACACCUGUUGCACAAGUUCCUGUUGUACAACCACAAGUCAAUUUAAAUUUACCAUUACCAAAUAACAAUAGUGGUUUAUUUUACGAAGAUAAAAGUCCUAUAUAUCAUUCAAACAUUCAUCAUGAACAACAACAACAGCAACAACAACAACAACAACAACAACCUGUUCUUAUGAAUAAUUAUCAACCAAUGCAAAAUUUAGGAUCUAAUGGUAAUGAAUAUAUUAUUUCUUAUGAUCAUAGAUACAGUUAUACUUAUCCACAACAACAAUUGCAACAAGUACAACUUUCUCAUUUGAAUUAUGGUAAUGCUGGUCAACCAAGUUCAAGUGGUAGUUCAAUUGGAGGUUAUCCAACUAGUUUUGAUUUUAAUCAACAUUAA